AUGGGCUUUGAAAUGAAAUUGGGUUGGGGCAAGGCAGUGCCAAUUCCUGUUCAGCCUGUUUAUAUACCUCCUCCUCUGCUGGAGGUAAUGAAACCUCCCCCUCCUUCCGGAUUACCUUUUAAUGCGCAGCCACGGGAAUGGCUCAAGUCUGUACGUGAUUCCUUGAAGGAGCGUGCAAAAAUGAUCAGCAAAAGCACCGAUUCUGAUAGAGAUAAGGAUGAAGCACCUCCUCCAGCGCCUGAUAGAACUCCUUUCGAUAUUUACCAAAUGCCCAAGGAAGAGUUCAACUUGGUCCUUAGGAAUGCUAUCGUCAAGGUCGUUAUACCAUCGGAUAGAUUUCUUUUUGAUUACCAAGCAGCUGAUCAUAUUUACUAUCGCUGGAAAAUUUGGUCAAUCCUACAUGGUGAAAGUGUUAACAAAUGGAGUACGGAAGAAUUUCGCAUGUAUGAGUUUGGUCCUCUUUGGAGACCACCUUUGACUGGAUUUUAUACUACAGGCAUGCCUGAAGAAAUGGUUGAGCCUGAUGAUUACCCCUACGCUCCUGGAUUCGUUCCACCUCCUUCCUCACGCCCUGUUGAGGAAGAAGAUGAAGAAAGAGAGCCCAGUCGAUCAGAUCGAAGACGACGUCGUGAAGAGGAUGCCUCUCGCCGUUGCAGGCUGACUGAAGCUCAGCGAGGUCGAUUGAAUCAAAUGAUUCGGCAACUAACACCUGAGAGACAAAGUGUUGGGGAUCUCAUGGUCUGGUGUCUCGAACACGCCGACUCAGCUGCCGAUAUCACCGAUUGCUUGAUAGAUUCCUUGCUGAACGCGAAGUUCUGUCCUGUUUCAACUCAUUUGGAUGUAAUUGAGAAAAACAUUGAAAAGGAUUCAAAGACGGAUGGCGAAAAGAAAUCUGAUGGCAUUAAAAGUGAUGAAGAGGAGGAGGAUGAAUCGUACAAAGGUCCGGAAGUGAUAACGAUACCAAAGAUUAUUGCUAGACUCUACCUUGCAUCAGAUAUUCUGUACAAUUCCUGCGCUAAGUCGGUCUAUCUGUUCAUCUUUCUAGAUACUAAUAUUCGUGACUUGGAGCUUAAAAAAUGGAUGCGCUUAUUUAUGAGGUAUUGUUAA